UUCAUGGCUUUAUAGUGAUAAUAAACUACUAAAGUUCAUCAGGGCAUAACAGAUGUCUCCAGCGAGGCUGAGCCAGGCUCAGCGGCUGCUGAAUGUGGGUGGGAUUGCACAGCUCAUGCAUCUUGGACUGGUGAGAAGUGUGUGCUCUUGGCUUCCUGAGUUAGGUCCCAUAGUCUUGCCAAUCUGAUCAUCUGCUCUGAACCUCCAGCAAAGCAUGUGUUACUCACAGGGUAGCCAGCAGACCGGAUUUUUAACUGCAACUGAAUGUCUUGAAACAUGGUUAUCCUAGCACAGAAAGCUGUGCGCAGCAUCUGUGGCAAAACUGAAAAUCAUUGCAAAAUGAGAGAGGUAUGGAGACUAAAUCCCCAAGAUCCGUGAUCUUGGGGUAAAUACCCAUAUUCCUCUUGGACAGGAAUUGAAGACAUAUAAGGUGGUGAAACAUUUGGAGAAUGGUUUAUAAACCCAAAUGUGCAGUGUAAUUCAAAUAAUGAUUCGGAUUCUCUACAGAGACUUUGAUACCAGGAACUGUGGAGGCGGGUAUCUAGAAGGGGCUUGUUCUCAUGCUGAAGAAACACAGCAAGGGAUGGAAUCUCUGGAAAUUCUCUGCUGUGAUGCUUGUUCUGGAAGUUGCUGUAAAGGCUGAAGGGAAUGUGGCAGACAAAUGGGCAGUCUUCCCUGCCUGAAGAAGGCUGACAUUGUGCCAGGGUACCCCUACAGAAGGCACACAGCAACCCCCCAUGCAUGUGCAACCCAUAAAAUCCUGGAGGGGAACUAGGCUCAUGAGUGCUAAAGCCAGCACUGUGAAAGGCAAUGAAUGUCCUCUGCAGGCCAUGCCUAUGUUAAGAUAAAUGUACAGAAGAGAGAUUUAUGGCUGAGGUGGCCCAGUCUUCAUCCGCCUCAAGAGGCAGCAUAACUUUCUAUUACUGCUUGCUUCAUAGCAGUAGUUGGAGCUGUCAGGGAGCUGGGCACUUGGGUAGGAACUGCACACUCACACUUGUCCCUCAGCAGUCCAGAAAUGCAGUUAGAAGUAAGGUGUAUUUCUUCUGCUUCACAAAUAAUCUCUUGUGAAGGAAUUAGUUUAGAGCAUCCUUUGUGCCUCAAAACACAGUGGGGCUGUGGCAGGUUUUGGCUACAUAGCCUGGAACUGGGAGAAGGCUUCAACACCACCUCUGCAGAUGGUCUUCGUGCUCUGGGAGACCAGAACGUCACCACCUGUCAGCAGACACUCCAGAUCUGUUGAGACCAAUGAAUUUUCCUGCAACUGGACAAAUGGAAGAAAAGGUAACUCCAGUCAAGUCAUCCCGGCCAAAAAGACAAUUUUCCUGUUCUGGCACAAUUGAAACAAUCAAUCUGGAUGCAGUUCCUCAGGCUGUUGCUCGUCUAGACAACAGUGCAGCUAAACACAAGCUGUCCGUAAAGCCAAAAAAGCAGAGAAUGUCCAGAAAGCACAAGAGAUUAACAAAGGGAUCACAAAGCUUAACAAUAACAGAAUUUGAGCCAGAAGAUCUAGAGACUGAGCUGUUUGUAGACAGAUACCCAGGUUAUAAUGGACACAUCACUGCAAACAAACUAAUCCAGAACAGAGAUGAGCCAAAGCAGCUUCAGCUGGCAGAGGAGAAAAGAAUUGAAGAUCACUGGGGGAUCCUUGAAGCUGAAAAGAUAAGGCAGAUUGUAGAAAUGGAAGAACAGAGAGAACUGGAAGAACAAAGGUGCCAAGAGCUAGAGGAGCAGAUGCAAAAAGAGCAAGAGAGAAAGGACAAUGAAAAAGAGAGUAGUCAGUAUCUCCUCGAAGGAGAGAGAUCUUUGAAAACUGAAGUGCAAACCUGCCAGGAAGAGGAGAGAAGACUGCUGGAGGCCGAGAAAAGGCGAGAGCUGGAGGACCAGACAUGCCAGGAACUGGAAGAGCAGAGACAGAAGGAGUUGGAGGAGCAACAGAGAGAAGAGCUGGAGCAGCAGAAGUGCGAGGACUGGAACAAGCAACAGAGACAGGAACUGGAAGAACAUAAGAGCCAGGAAUGGGAAAAACAACAGAGACAGGAGCUGGAGGAACAGAAGCACAGGGCAUGGGACGAACAGCAGAGUCAGGAGAUGGAGGAACAGAAGUGUCAGGAACACAAACAAGAGCUGGAGAAGCACUGGGAACAGGAGGAGCAACAAAGACAAGAGCUGGAGGAGCAGAAAUACCAGGAACAGAAACAACAGAGACAGAAGCUGGAGGAACAGAGGUGCUGGGAACUGGAGGAGCGGAAGAAGCAAGAGCCAGAGGAGCAGAAACACCAGGAAUGGGAAGAGCGGAGGCACAAGGAGCUGGAGGAGCAACAGAGAAACGAGCUGGAGGAGCAGGAGAGGCAAGAGUUGGAAGAACUGAGGCAACAUGAGACUGAGAAAUGGUGUCAGGAGGAAGAGGAAAGAAAUCAGAUGGAGGAACUAAAAGAACUAAUGGAACAAAAUAAGGAAGAAAAACAGAGACGAGAACUAGAAGAGAAAGAGCUUCCAGAAGCUGAAAUAAAACUGAAGCAAGAGAAAGAGUUUGAGGGUCCCAGCCAACAGAAGAAAGAGGAGGAAGAAAGACAGCAUUUGAAGGAGAGGGAAAAGACAGAGGAAGAGCAAUCCCAGCAGCUACUGGAGAAGAAACAGAGGCGGGAAGAGCCGAGAAAACAUAAACUCACCAAACAAAUGCACUUGGAAAGUACAGACAUUGUGCAACAAGAUGAACUGAAGCAGCAAAAGGAACAAGAGUGGAACAAGCUGGAAGAGCAGAAAAUAGACACAGAAGGGCAAAAUCAUCAUCAAAAGCAACAGGAAAAAUCCUUGGAGCUGCAAAAUGACAAGAAUGAGCUGUGUUCUGGGGGGUCUGAUAGGAAUCCAGCAGAUGACAAGCUCCAGGAAAAACCAAGACCCCAAAAAAUCAAACAGCCAGAAAAAGGGAGUAAAACAGCAGAAGAAAUCCUGGCCCAGAAACUGAAGAGAGAAGUUGAUGCUCAAGAACAAAAGCGAAUAGGGGAAGAACUUAGGUGGCAGGAGGUAGAUGAAAGACAAACUGCAUCCAGACCCUUCACAUUUCAAGUGUCUUCUGGAGAUAAACAGAUCAUAUUUCAGAAAGUAAAUCUGAGUCCAGUCAUGCCUGCCAAAGGAGCAGGACUAUCUUCUCCAUCCGUCAAAGACAGCAUGAUGCACACCUCCAGCAAGGGCUCUCAUACGCUCCCAUCAUCUGUGUGUGUACCCCAUACAGCUAUUCUAGUUACUGGAGCACAGCUGUGUGGCACAGCAGUUAACCUGAACCAGAUAAAGGACACGGCUUGUAAAUCAUUGCUCGGCUUAACAGAAGAGAAGAAAAAUGUGGAUAUUCCUUCACUAGAAAAGGCCCAGAAAAAAUCUUCAGGUCCCAAACCCAGCAACAGUAAAAUGAAAUACACACAAGAGGCACUGGACCAAGCCACGUUAGCUGAGUGGGCCUCUAUCCGUUCUAGAAUCUUAAAAAAUAAAGAAAAUGGCAAAUACAAUGAGAAAGACAGAGUAAGUGCCUGCAGACACAGUGAUGACUGGACGUCCCGAGGACGAGGUUCUCCACAUGGUAACUUGAGGAAAACCCUAUCUGCAAAUGCAAAAUUCUCAAUAACACCAGCGUGGCAGAAAUUUUCAGAAGCUUCCAAAACCAAUUCGGGCACUGAGAAUGUAAGUGCAGCAAAAGGCAAUGAAAAAGUGGCUGUGGGAAGAAACAAUGGCUCGUCCACUGAUGGAAAUGAGGAUGUAGUAUCCACUUUAAAGGAUAACUUCUCUGAAAUGGCUAAAGAGAAAAUAGAAACACACAGUGAAAUUACAGACAACACAGAAGGUUGUAAAUUUGCAAAAGAUCUUCCAUCUUUCCUUGUUCCCAGUUUUCCUCGUUCUCCAGGCAAGGAGUUACCCCAGUCUGAACUUCCAGGUGCUCUGGAAAAUCAGCAGAAUAAUAGCACCAAAAAAACAGAUAAACCAGCACCGAAUGGAGAAGAAAACGUUUCUCCUUUUGGGAUAAAGUUACGGAGGACGAACUAUUCUUUACGUUUCCAUUAUGAUCAACAGGCAGAGCAGAGGAAAAAGAAAAGAUACAGUGCAGGAGACAGUUUUGAUGGUGUGCCUGACCCGCUACUCACAGCUGAAGGUGAACAGGAAUCUGCUGUUUUUGCUCCACAGGAGAGUACAUCCCCUGGUACAGGGAAAGCAAAUGUCCACGGGAAUUUAAAAGACUCAAAAGAUUCUUCAGUUACUGCGUUGGAGAUUUCACAACAAGUGGGCACACUGCCAGCCACCAGCCAGAACGCUUUACCUCCUCAUGAGAAACCAGCAUGCAAGUCGCUGUUCCCACAGAAACCUGCUCUAGCUCCGAAGCCUGCCAGCCAAACACCUCCAUCAUCUCCUCUCUCCAAAAUGAACCGAUCACACCUGGCUGAUACACUGGGGCAGAGGUUUGUUAAGGCUGAAUUGGACGGGGGCUGGAGAAAAGAUGACAGAGCAGUGCCUCCUGUGGCACUGAACGAGAGCAAAAAUGAAGAGGAAGAAAUCAGAGAAAAGAAGUCAUUUUUCCCAUCUCUAAGUAUUCCCUGGAGAGAAAAAAAUGACAAAAAGCCUGAGCCGCUGAAGAAAGAAAAACCAGUCCUGCAGAGCAGACACUCUUUGGAUGGAUCUAAAUUGAUGGAAAAGGUUGAAACUUCACAACCACUGUGGAUCACAUUAGCGCUGCAAAAACAGAAGGGAUUUCGUGAGCAGCAAGCUACUAGGGAAGAGAGGAGACAAGCCAGAGAGGCAAAGCAAGCAGAGAAGCUGGCUAAAGAAAAUGCUGCUGUAAGCAAUCAAUCAGAUAAUAAAAGCAGCAGCAGCAAAACGAGCACACUGCAGAAAUCUACACCUCAAGAAGGGGAGAAGAAAAUUGAGACGGCUGUGUCAAGACUAGAACGAAGGGAGCAGCUGAAGAAGUCUAACACCCUUCCAACUUCUGUGACAGUGGAAAUUUCAGAUUCUGUUCCACCAACACCACUGGCAAAAGAGGUGGCCAAGAGAUUCUCCACACCUGAUGCGAACCCUGUGUCAACAGAACCAGCUUGGCUUGCACUGGCCAAGAGGAAAGCAAAAGCCUGGAGUGACUGUCCACAGAUCAUAAAGUAAACUGCAAAAUUAUCUCUCUG